AUGUAUAUGCAUACAGUGGCAACCAAGUUGAUUGACAAGCGGUUUGAGGAUUUCUCUUCUGAAAUUGCUGGAUUGCGUCCAAAAAUGGAUGUUUUACAUUGGAUCGGCAUGAUGCUACAUAUAACUCAGAGCAUUUUUGGAUUGGUUGCUAAUGGUAUUCUGAGCUUCCUAGUACUGAAAAGAACUCCAAAACAAUUGUCGACAUACUCCGUUCUUAUUCUCAAUACCGCCAUCUGUGAUUUUGUUUCAUGCGCUGCUGCUCUAUUCGUACAACAAAGAAUAAUCGCUAGUGGCUUUAGUGUUUUCUUUGUUUCCUAUGGACCGUGCACAUUUUUUGGGACAUUGUCUUGCUUUAUUGGCAUGGUCGAGAGUCUACUGACUUCAAGUCAUAUAAAUCCAAAGUCACCUUGUAGAUGCGCCGUGAUGAUGCAUUGUUAUGCGCACGGACUAUGGAGUUUAGUCUACUCCUUCUCAUAUCGUUAUUACGUCUUAUGGCAUCGGAAGCCGAAGAGCAGCACUGUUAUAUUCAUUACUAUCCUGAUGUAUAUGCCUUCGCUGUCCCUGUUUACAAUCUACUCCUUCGCCAAUGAUGAUGAAACCGAGUUGAGAACAACUGUGGAGGCAAAAUUUGGUUACGACAUGAGUUCUGAAUGCGUUAGCGGUCAUGUAAACGUAAUCAGUUGGAAGGCAUUUCCUGCCUUCCUGUACUCGAUGCUACCAAUCGCUCCAGCCUAUGUGGCCAUUCUUGUACUCAGAAGAUUAACUAUUUUAAAAUUGGUCAACGAAAAAACCAUUUCCGAAAAUUCUCGUCGUCUUCAGUCGCAGCUUCUCCAGGUUGGUUCAUAUACCCAUGAAGGUAUAAUUAAAAUAAGGAUAGGCUUGCCAGUGAAUUGCACAUGUUAUCUUUUGGUAUCGAGGUUUUCAACGAGACAUCAAUUCGAAAUUUUCUUCCAGGCACUUACCGUGCAGGCUUGUCUGCCCGUUUUUUUCCUAAUUGCAAUUAUCAUGUUUACGACAGGACUGCUGAACAUCUAUCAUCAUCCGAUCCCUGAACAUCUUUCCUUUGUUAUAAUGGGAUUCACUCCAAUGUUAACACCUCUUACAUCUCUGUAUUUCAUUCGGCCGUAUCGCGUUUGGAUGCUAAGGACGUUCCUUCCAAGCAACGAGGCUGUUACUUCUUCACUACCUACAUAA